GACAGCUCCUGAUCAGCACUGGGAGGCAGACAGCUCCUCCAGCGGGCGAGACGCGCGGCCCAGCCCUGGCUGAGCCACUUCGGAUCCAGGCCUGGGAUAAGCCCCUACUUCCACCCCCCAACUCUUCCUAUCUGAUUCCUGGGGAGGGUCGUCACCGCAACCCCGAGGGCUGUACCCAUUCAAAAGCCUCUCUGCCCCGACCAACCAACCCCAGUUAGCCAGAAGUCUGCAGACCUGGACAGAGCCUUCCUCCCACACCCCCACUGCAGCGCUCACGUCUCCCCUCUGCAGACCCCCGGGAGCACGAACCUGACCCCACCCCCAACCUUUACGCUUCUCAGCAGCUCCCCCCACCCCUAAAAAAAAAAAAAAAAGCACAGACCCGAGCCUUCCCUAAGCAGAGCCUCUCAAGUCAAGCCACCUCCUCUCCUCCAACCAGCUUCCCGCGCCCCCUCCCUCCUCCGGUUCCUCCUCCUCCCGGAUCCUCCCUCCUCCCCUCCCCCUGCGGCGCCGCCGCUCGCUGCCGCGGUGUCCUGGCAGGGUGUCGAGGUGUGUCGCGGGCGGGGUGUCGCAGGGCGUGUCACGAGGUGACUCGGGGAGGGCUGAGGACCGAGGAGGAAGCACGAAGGGCGAGCGGGGCUGCCGCUCCGUCACCCCUCCCCCGCCGCAGUCGCAGGCCUUUCCCCGGAGAAGAUGGCGGAUCGGGCGGAGAUGUUUUCUCUCUCUACCUUUCACUCGCUGUCGCCGCCAGGCUGCAGGCCACCUCAGGACAUAAGCCUGGAAGAAUUUGAUGAUGAAGAUCUGUCUGAAAUCACUGACGACUGUGGCCUGGGUCUCAGCUAUGACUCGGACCACUGCGAGAAGGACAGCCUCUCCCUGGGGCGUUCGGAGCAGCCGCACCCCAUCUGUUCCUUCCAAGAUGACUUCCAGGAGUUUGAGAUGAUAGAUGACAAUGAUGACGAUGAUGACGAUGAGGAGGAGGAGGAGGAAGAAGAAGAGGAUGAUGAUGAGGAGGAGGAGGAGGAGGAGGGAGAAGGGGAGAGCAAAGAGGGAGGAGGCAAGAAAGUCCCCGUGUUGGAUGCCCUGAUCCCCUCCCCGUCCCAGGAGGAGCCCCACAAGCACCGGCCCACCACGCUCCAGCUGACUACACUAGGAGCCCAGCCCGCUCUUUUGCCCCCACCCCGCCAGGACUCGUUGAAUAACAAUGAAGGCUUUGCCCCAGCGCCCCCAGCCUCCUGGCAAGAGACAGUGCCCAGCUCACCCACCCAGGAGCCCACCAGAGAGCCGCCUGCGCUCCUCCCGCCCGCCCCCGCCGAGGAGAGCCCCUGCGGGGCGCAGUCGCCUGAGCACCCGGGUUGCGACUGCGAAGGGAACGGGCCCGCGGGGCCGCCUGCGCCCGACGGGACCUCGCCCUCCUCGGACCCCGGCAUCGAAGCGGACCUGGGCAGCCGCUCGAGCGGGGGCCGCGGCGGCCGGCGGAGCAGCCAGGAGCUGUCCUCGCCGGGCUCGGACUCCGAGGACGCCGGGGGCGCGCGUCUGGGACGCAUGAUCUCGUCCAUCUCCGAGACGGAGCUGGAGCUGAGCAGCGAUGGGGGCAGCAGCAGCGGCCGAUCCUCGCACCUCACCAACUCCAUCGAGGAGGCCUCGUCCCCGGCCUCGGAGCCGGAGCCUGAGCCCCCCUGCGAGCCCCCGCGCCGCCCCGCCUUCCUGCCCGUGGGCCCCGACGACACCAACAGCGAGUACGAGUCUGGCUCCGAGUCGGAGCCCGACCUCAGCGAGGACGCUGACUCGCCCUGGCUGCUCAGCAACCUGGUGAGCCGCAUGAUCUCCGAGGGCUCGUCGCCCAUCCGCUGCCCCGGCCAGUGCCUGUCCCCGGCGCAGCGGCCCGGGGAGCCCACCUCUCCCGCCGGCGACCUGGCCAGCACUGACCACGCGGCCGCGGGGCCCGGAGAUGUGGAGCUGCUGGACAUGGAGACGCUGUGCGGGUCGCCGCCCCCCGUGCCCCCCGCGCCCCGGCCACUCCCCGCGCAGCCCGGGCCCUGCCUCUUUCUCAGCAACCCCACGCGCGACACCAUCACCCCGCUCUGGGCCGCCUCAGGCCGCGCCGCCCGCUCCGGCCGCUCCUGCUCUGCUGCCUGCUCGGAAGAGGAGGAUGAGGAGGAAGAGGAUGAGGAUGAUGCUGAGGACAAGCCAGGCCUCCCUGGGGGCAGGGGCUCGGCCCCUGUGGCGCCCCUGGACGCCUCUCUGGUGUACGACGCGGUCAAGUACACGCUGGUGGUGGACGAGCACACGCAGCUGGAGCUGGUGAGCCUGCGGCGCUGUGCCGGCCUGGGCGACGACAGCGAGGACAGUGGUGGCGAGGCCAGCGAGGAGGAGCCGGGGGCUGCGCUGCUGGGAGGUGACCAGACCCCUGGGGACGCCUCCCCGGACAGCCCUGACCUCACCUUCUCCAAGAAAUUCCUCAACGUAUUCGUCAAUAGCACCUCCCGCUCUUCCAGCACUGAGUCAUUUGGCCUUUUUUCCUGCCUGGUCAACGGGGAGGAGAGAGAGCAAACGCAUCGGGCUGUCUUCAGGUUCAUCCCUCGACACCCAGAUGAGCUAGAGCUGGAUGUGGACGAUCCAGUGCUGGUGGAGGCUGAGGAGGACGACUUCUGGUUCCGAGGCUUCAACAUGCGGACGGGGGAACGUGGGGUCUUUCCUGCCUUCUAUGCUCACGCAGUGCCCGGCCCUGCCAAAGACCUGCUGGGGAGCAAGCGGAGUCCUUGCUGGGUGGACCGGUUUGACGUCCAGUUCCUGGGCUCCGUGGAGGUGCCUUGUCACCAGGGCAAUGGCAUCCUCUGUGCAGCCAUGCAGAAGAUUGCCACUGCCCGGAAACUAACUGUCCACCUGCGUCCCCCAGCCUCCUGUGACCUCGAGAUUUCUCUUCGGGGGGUCAAGCUAAGUUUGAGUGGAGGACCUGAGUUCCAGCACUGCAGCCACUUCUUCCAGAUGAAGAACAUCUCCUUCUGUGGUUGCCACCCCCGCAACAGCUGCUAUUUUGGCUUCAUCACCAAACACCCUCUGCUGAGCCGCUUUGCUUGCCAUGUCUUUGUCUCCCAGGAGUCCAUGAGGCCAGUGGCCCAGAGUGUGGGCCGAGCCUUCCUGGAAUACUACCAGGAACACCUGGAGUACGCCUGCCCCACAGAGGACAUCUACCUGGAGUAGCCACCGCCACUCCUGCUCCAGGUGCAGCUGGGACCGGGGUGGGGCUCAAGAGACCACUGUGGCUUGGAUGGGGACACAUGGGGCCUGAUGGUCCAGGGAUUCUCGGGGCUGUGCUGAGAAACCUUCUCCAUGCUCCCUCCAGGCCUUGGGAGCAGGAACACCAUGCACCCUCUGCUUCCCCCUUCCAUUCUCUGCCACCCUGUCUGCCCCUGGGCCCCCUCCCCCCACACUUCUGUCCCCUCCCCUUCUCUGUGCCUGCAAACUCCUGCCUUCUGCUCUUUACUUUGGUGUCAGAACUGGAAAGAGGAGGGAGGAAGGUGAAGCUGUAGAUGGCAUCAGGCUCCCAGGUGACCCUUCCUGCCUCUCCUCUGUGAUUUAUAAAGGAAUUUUAAUUUUUAUAGUGAAUCUCAAGAGAUUAUCCUAUCCUUGACCAUGGGAGGGGGGAGGGACUACCCCGCACUGCCCACACAGAGCUCAGGGGGAGCAGGGAGGGGUUCCCUAGAAGGACCUGGGGGAAACUGAGGUAGUUCUGAUACUCACCCCAAUCCCCCCGAUGCUGCUGGGAGGAGGGUGCCCUGCCCACGCGGGCGUCUGCUUUGCUGCUGCAAUACCCCCCGCAGACCAGCACCUCAAUAAACUCUCUGCUUGGUGUGA